AUGGCGCCUACCGCAACCACAGCAAACGCCGCAAUUCCCGAGGUGACCAAGACUAGUUUCCAGGCGGCACUCCCCAGGAAACUGGCAGAUGCGAUAUCCAAGCCUAUUGAGACCACUUACGGCGACUGGCGCGAUGACUUCUUCCGCGAUGGCUUUGUCGUGAUCCCCGGCGUACUCUCUACCGAGAAGGCCGAGUACUAUCGUUUUAAGAUGCUCGAAUGGAUCACAGGCUUCAACCUCGGUCUCGACCUCAACGACGAAUCGACUUGGACAGCGGAGCACCUCCCUCAAAGCUUCAAGUCGAUGUUUCUCAACUACUGUGCACCCCACGAGCGAUUCAUGUGGGAAGCACGUUGCGAGCCUACCGUGAUCGAGCCUUUCGCCAAGCUUUACGGCACCGACGAGCUGCUCGUCAGCUUUGAUUCCUUCAACGUUGGUCUUCCGCGACGCAAAGACCUCACCUUCAAGCCAUGGCCACACUGCGACCAAAGUGCCGACCGCAAGGGUCUCGCCUGCGUUCAGGGCAUCCUCAACCUGUACAACUCGGGCCCUCAGGAUGGCGGGCUCAUCGUCAUGAAAGGUUCUGCCCCGCUUUUUGAGGAGUUCUUCGAGCAACUGCCCAAAGAAAAGCGCUUCUUCUCUCCGCAUGUUCACAGCGACUUCUACGCAUUCAACCAGGAGCAGGUCAAGUGGUUCGAGGACCGUGGCUGCACCCAGUACAAGGUUGAUGCCAAGCCGGGAGAUCUUAUCCUUUGGGACUCGAGGACCAUGCACCACGCCGCUUUCCCCAUGGGCAACGAGAUUCGCACUGUUAUCUACACAUGCUUUGCUCCUGCAUCGCAAAUCUCUGCGGAAGACCUUGUGAAGAAGCAGGAGCUCUUCGGCCGCUUCGAAGGUACCACUCAUUGGCCCCACUGCAACAUGUUUGGCCAGGGCAAAGCCAAGAAGGAUGGGAAGCGUGAGUCGACCGAGAUCUGCCCGCACGAGCGGGAUGAGCCUGUCGAGAAACCUGUUGUUACUGAGCAGGUCAAAAAGCUCGCAGGCUUGGUGCCUUACUAG